AUGAGUCAGAUGGAAGAGCUCUGCGUCACCAUGAUGCUCGUGGGCGUGGCAGCGACCGUGGCCGCCGGCCUUCAGGGAGCAUGCUUCAAGAUCUUCGCAGAGAAACAAGCCUUCAAGUUCCGCGUGCUGUAUUUCGACUCGGUCCUGCACCAGGACGUUUCCUGGUUCGACACCCGUGAGGUUGCGGCGCUGCCGGCCGAGAUCAACGAUGACUUGGAGAAGAUUCAGGAUGCCUUCGGAGACAAGUUCGGCAACGGCGUCAUGGCCGCCUCAGCCUUCAUUGGCGGCUUCGCCUGUGCUUUCGGCAUGGGCUGGCUCAUUGCCUUGGUGAUGUGCGUCAUUCUGCCGUUCAUGGGCGUCGGCGCUAUGUUCAUGGGCAAGGCUGUGCAGGAAAUCCAGAAUGAGUCACAGAGCUGGUAUGCCAAGGCUUCAGCGGUUGUCGAGGAGUGCCUCCAUGCCAUGCGCACGGUGGUCGCCUUCGGUGGCGAGCACCGAGAGCUCAAGAAGUUCUCUGCGGCCCUGGUGCAGACACGCCGCGGCGGCGUCAAGAACGGAUUCAAGGUCGGCGCCGGUAUGGGCUACACCAUGAUGAUCGUGUUCUUUGGAUACGGCCUGGCCUUCUGGUUCGGCAUGACGUUGCGAUACAAUGACGAGAAGAACCCAUCCACCGGCGAGACUGGUGAGAAAGGCAAGCCACGGGGGCCGCAACGUCAGGAGUUGUGGGAGCCCGGCACUAUCAUGGCCAUCUUCUUCUGCAUCUUCAUUGGCCCCGCCAUGAAGGCCGCGCAGACGGCCGCAGGACGCUUCUUCCAGGCGGUGGAGAACAAGCCCAACAUCCAGUGCCGCGAAGGGGACCAGCGCCUGGAUAUUACCAGCAUCGACAAGUUUCAGUUUGAGUCUGUGCACUUCACGUAUCCGGCUCGUCCGGAAGUGAAGGUGCUGAACGGCCUUUCCCUGACCAUCCAGCGUGGCCAGAAGGUGGCUGUGGUUGGCGAGUCUGGCUCGGGCAAGUCCACGGUCAUGGCUCUGCUGGAGCGUUUCUAUGACCCAGACUCGGGCGCGGUGUUGGUGAACGGCCAGAACAUGACCAGCUUCAAGAUCUCGUCAUUGCGCAGGUGCAUUGGCUACGUGGGGCAGGAGCCCGUGCUGUUUGCCAGCUCGAUCCGCCACAACAUCAUGCAGGGCAAUCCUUCGGCCAGCAAGGAGGACUUCACCAAGGCCUGUGAGGAUGCCCAGCUGGGCUUCGUGGACGGCCUGCCCAACAAGUACAACACUUUCGUGGGCAGCGGCGGCGGUCAGCUAUCGGGAGGUCAGAAGCAGCGCAUUGCCAUCGCCCGAGCCUUGCUGAAGAAGGCUUCCUUCCUCUUCUUGGACGAGGCCACCAGUGCCCUUGACAACACAUCUGAGAAGAUGAUCCAGGCCACCAUUGACAGCAUCAGCGCAAACACGACCGAGGGCCUGGGAAUUGUGAGCAUUGCUCACCGCCUCAGUACCGUGCGAAACUCCGACCUCAUCUACGUGCUAAGCCGGGGCUCCCUGGUGGAGAAGGGCACCCACGCCUCGCUCAUGGAGCCUUUCGCAGCCAUGGCGCGCGAGAAGGACGUGUACUUCGCCAAGCUCGCAGAGCAGGCAGAGCGGUAUGAUGAGAUGGCAGACUACAUGAAGAACGUGGGCAAUGCGAAUUCGGAGCUCUCCGUGGAGGAGCGCAACUUGCUGUCCGUGGCCUACAAGAACACCGUGGGUUCCCGCCGCGCUGCUUGGCGCAUCAUCACCAGCGUCGAGCAGAAGGAGAAGUCCAAAGGCAACACCGAGAACGCUGCCAUGGCCAAGGAGUAUUGCCAGAAGGUGGAGGCUGAGCUUCAGAAAAUUUGCGACAACAUCCUCGAAGUCCUGGAUGGCAAGCUCAUCGCCCAGGCAAAGAAUGGUGAGUCGAAGGUCUUCUAUCAGAAGAUGAAGGCAGACUACUACCGUUACAUUGCCGAGUUCCGUGACGGCGACGCCAAGAGCAGCGCAUCGGAGAAAGCCCGCCAAGCGUACCAAGAGGCGGAGGACGUGGCCAAGAAAGAUUUGGCGGUUACCCAUCCCAUCCGCCUCGGUUUGGCUCUCAACUACUCCGUGUUCAUGUACGAGGUGCUGCAAUUGCCGGAUGACGCUUGCAAGAUGGCGCGCCAAGCCUUCGAGGACGCCAUUGCCGAGUUGGACAACGUGGCCGAGGAUUCCUACAAAGAUUCGACUCUCAUCAUGCAGCUUCUGAGGGACAAUUUGACGCUCUGGACUUCGGAUCAGGUUAAGCGAGAGAAGGAGGCGGAAGCCAAUCGCGAGAAGGAGAUCACCAAGAACUACAAGGUGCCAAUGGGACGUCUCCUGAGCUACAACAAGCCGGAGCAGCUUGGCGCAGAGUCACUUUUGAGGGACGUCUUUCUGUAG